AGCAUUUCUGUUUAAAAAAAAACUGAAUUAUGUUUACGAUAAGCUGCAUGGAUAACACUUUCCCCCCCCACAAAAAUGACAGCAAUUAUCAGAGUGUAAUGGAAAUAGUCUUCUCACUUUAAAGUGAAGUAAAGCGGCGUCUCACAGCAGUGUGGAGAGCAGAGCCCUUCGCUGCACCAUUUGUUGUUCUGCCCUCUGCUUGAGUAAGACUACACGCUAGGUUAAGCACUAAAUUGGGUAACUGUUCAGUGACAGCACCUGCCGGCACUGAUCAUCUGGAGCUGGAGGAAGACUGGAACAACUUUUUUUUACAACAAACUUUUUUUUUAAAUAUAUAAAUAAAUCCAAGUAUUUGGAAUUAAAACCAUGAAGGACAAGAAGAAAGAAUAUCUGACUGUGAAGGACCUGCAGAGAGUUCUGGACUCAUGCAAGCUACAGCUGAAUCAAAUUGAUGAAGUGUGGCCGAAUAUAUACAUAGGAAAUGUGGCAGUUGCCCACAACAAGGCGGCCUUGCUGAGGUUAGGUAUAACUCAUGUUUUAAACGCGGCUCACUCCAAGAGGGGGAGCAUAGGGAAUCAACGAUUUUAUGGCAACGACUUUGUGUAUUUUGGCAUUCCAGCAGACGACUCAACGCACUUUGAUCUGGAUGUUUAUUUCCAGCCGGCAGCUGAUUUCAUUCACAAUGCCUUGAAGUCACCGGGUGGGAAGGUCCUGGUGCACUGCAUCAUGGGAAUGAGUCGCUCGUCAACCCUGGUGCUGGCGUACCUGAUGAUCUACCAUCACCUCUCCCUCAGAAAGGCUUUGGAAAAAGUGGUGAAAAAAAGAGCCAUCUACCCAAACAGGAACUUUCUGGCGCUGUUGCUGGAUCUUGACCUUCAGCUUACAAAAAAGAAGAAAACAUGUCAAAUUCUGUAGUUGGAUGGCAUUUAUACUUUUUACACUUUGGCUGAUAAUGCAUCUUGUCCAGAAAAAAAAAAAAAAGAUUUGUUACAUCAAUAGAUUUGGGUCAACAAGUAUCUUGAUCUCUGUGAGGUUAACAUUUGAUUUGUAUUUUUCUGAGCUGCAACAGCUUGUAGUAUUUUUGUAAAGAAGACUGCAAAAUGUCUCAAGAUUUAUGAUUUGGCAACAAUUAUGCAACUUUUGUACAAACACCAAGUGUUACAGCCUUAAAUUCUACAGAAUUCAUGAAACACAACUCAUCCAUCCUUUGGACCCUUUUCUUUAAGGAUAAGUUUGCGAGCACACACUUAAGGGGGUUUUAUGACAUUAAAGACCCACUCCUAUCAUCUUUAAAGCUAUUUUCAAAGUGUUCCCAGUGGUAAGCCCGCCCCUGCUUCCCGACAUCCUUCUGUUUACACGGUCUCCUGCUAGCUUGCAGCGUUGAAUCUAACAUUCGCGAUGCAUCAAAAAUGGCGAGCUGUAUUGGAGCCAUCCAGCCAUACAGUUCUGAACAAGAGACCAGCUCAAACGAGGAAAAUAAAGACCAACAUGGAUCUUCUAGUUGUCUGCAAGUGGAUGCAUCAAAAUACAGCGGAGCAGGGCGUUGCGGCCCAGCAAAUGUAGUGCACAUGCUCUUUUUCCAACAGCACUUUUUUUCAUCUACUACUGAUUCCCAAGGAUUUGAAAAAAAGAAACACUCAGAAAUGCAAUUUGAAGCUUAAUUUUCUUUAUAUUUGGCCUUUAUCAUAAGAAAAAUGCAACAAUAACAAGCUAAAACACCAAAAACACUAUUUUCAUUGGAGUGGGUCUUUAAUGCGCAUUCAGUGACCAAUUACUAUACAGUAUUGUCUUCUGUUUAGUUUAGUUUGUCAUUGUAAAUGUGAUGGGAAAAAUUUUUACACAAAAAUAAAUCUUCAAAGUAAGUAUUUAGGCUCCUAAUUUGUUUCAUCCAUUUUAUUUUAGCCGUUUCGACCAAUUUUCUUUGUCAGCUCUGUUAGGGUUUCCUGAAAACAUAAAGUGUUUUAUCCUUCCUUGUUAAAAAAAAAAGCUAUGAAAUGUAAAUAAACCUGUUUUAUUUAUUUGUUGUAUGAGGAAAGAGAUUGUGAUUUUAAGAUAUUUCUUUUGUGAAAUAAAUUUUCUUUACUUUGUGGUCGACCAAAUGUAUGAUGAAAUGCUUUUUUUUCAAUUUCGACUGCAAGAAUUCUGAGCUUAAUCAAAAUGGUUUUUUUUUCAACUAACUGUGAAAUCAACAAAUCUACAUAACAUUUUCAUGACAAUAAAUUGUAACGGCAACGA